AUGAUAGAAAUUGACGAAGACGGGCGUGAAGCCAAGAGAAUUACUCCUGUUGUUCAGGAAGACUUGGAAAAGGCUGUCGCUUCUUUGAGCGUCAGGGAAAAGGGAGAGUUUGUCAUUCUGGCACCUGCAAAGGCUGUUGCCUUGGUGCCCACAAAGACUCUCGCCAAGCCCAAGUUUGUUAUUGAAACGGUCGUGGCUCAAGUCAUGACCAGAUCUGGAAGAUGUUACACUCCUGACGAGCUUGCUCUCGGAGGACAAAAGAAAGAUCAUACCAAGAAACCGAUCAGCGAAGCAGAAGCUCAGGAGUUCUGGAGGAGAAUGCAGCCCAAGGACUACUCCAUUGUCAAACACUUGGAGAAGACUCCAGCCCAGAUUUCAUUGUGGGCCCUAUUGAUGAGCUCCUGGUCACACAGACAGGCUUUGAUGAAAGCCUUGGAUAACACGUAUGUGCCCUCAGGUACGAGCAGCGACAAUGUAGCUGCUAUGAUUCACCGAGUCAUUCAGGGACACCGCAUCAGCUUCUGCGAUGAUGAACUGCCGGCCGAAGGGAAGGGCCAAAACAAAGCUCUACACAUCACCGUGAUAUGCCGCGGAAAGAUCGUCAACCGUGUUUUGAUAGACGAUGGAUCUGGCCUGAACAUAUGCCCCUUGUCCACACUGAAGCAGCUGAGGUUUGACUUCGGAAAGUUGGAGCAAAAUCAGGUCAAUGUGAGAGCAUUCGACGGUGUGCAGAGAGACACGUUGGGAGCUGUAAACCUGACCAUCCAAAUGGGCCCCAUGGAGUUCGAGGCAAAAUUCCAGGUGUUGGAUAUCGACACCAGCUAUAACCUCCUUUUGGGUAGGCAAUUCAUUCACAUGGCUGGAUCCGUCCCCUCCACUCUCCACCAAAUGAUGAAACUGGUGUGGAAAAAUGAAGAACUGGUUAUUCAGGGUGAAAAGGGCCACUCAGGCAAGCAGGUGCCAAUCUUAGACGAAACACCGCAAAAUUUGGAUUUUUACACGGUAGAGUUGGUAAAUGCCACCGAUGGGGGCUUGGCCCCACAAACUCCCAUGCCGGCCGUGUACAGAAUGAUCGCCAUGGUGAUUCUACAGAGCGGAUUCGAACCAGGUUUUGGAUUAGGAAGGAAUGCACAGGGGAUCAUCGAGCCAGUUCCGGUCCUUACUACAGGAUCAAAGUAUGGUUUGGGGUACAUCCCUACAGAUGAUGAUUUGAAGAUAAAGAGGAAAAAGCACCAAGAGUUUACUAAGCCAAUCCCGCCUCUCUAUCAAUCCUUUCCGGUCCAGGAGCAUGUCGAGCCUGAAGACAACGGGGAAGGAAUCUGUGGCCUUUUCAGGGAGAUUAACGCUGUUAUUGAGGAGGAGGUCGACCCAGCUGGCAUUCGUGAUGUGGAACCAGGGGAGAUGUUGCAGAAUUGGACUUCUACGCCAAUCCUAAUGUCCCGGACUCUUGGUAACGUAAGUUACAAGCCUGCCAAUGUCACGUCAUGUCAUGAGCUAAACAAGCAAAAUGAGGCAAAUGACGAUGAGGUUGACGACUACGAAGAAAGUGGGGAACCAGACCAUGUUGCAGAAGAAUUUCGACAGUUCGAGAAUCUACAUAAACCGAGUCUGGAGGAGACAGAAACGGUGAAUUUGGGAGAUUCAGAAUCUUCCUAUCAACCAGGAUUCGAACCGGUGAAACAAAAGACUCGGAAAUUCAAGCCUGAAUUGAGUUUGAAGAUUAAGGAAGAAAUCACCAAGCAGAUAGAGUCUCGACUGGUAGAAGUAACGCAAUACCCAACCUGGCUGGCCAAUGUCGUUCCGAUCGCCAAGAAAGAUGGAAAAAUCAGGAUUUGUGUCGAUUACAGAGAUCUCAACAAGGCUAGUCCAAAGGAUAAUUUCCCGUUGCCGAAUAUCCAUAUUUUGAUUGACAACUGUGCCAAACAUGAGAUGCAGUCAUUUGUGGAUUGUUACGCAGGUUAUCACCAGAUUUUGAUGGACGAAGAAGAUGCAGAGAAAACGGCCUUCAUUACCCCUUUGGGGGUAUAUCACUACAGGGUGAUGCUGUUCGGCCUCAAAAACGCCGGUGCCACUUACAUGAGAGCCAUGACGACUAUAUUUCAUGACAUGAUUCACAAGGAAAUUGAAGUGUACGUGGACGACGUCAUAAUCAAAUCCCGCGAGAGUUCGGAUCAUUUGACGCACCUGAGAAAAUUCUUUGAACGUUUGCAUCGGUACAACUUGAAGCUAAACCCCGCCAAAUGUGCUUUUGGAGUCCCAGCUGGGAAGUUGUUGGGGUUUAUAGUCAGCAGAAAAGGUAUUGAGCUCGACCCUUCCAAGAUUAAAGCAAUUCAAGAGUUGCCUCCGCCGAAGACGAGAAAAGAAGUGAUGAGUUUCUUGGGGAGGUUAAACUAUAUCAGCCGGUUUAUAGCACAAUCAACAGUGGUAUGUGAGCCCAUUUUCAAGUUGUUGAAGAAAGACGCCCCAACUAAGUGGAUUGAGGAGUGCCAGACCGCUUUCGACGCUAUCAAGAGCUACUUGUCUAAUCCACCAGUAUUGGUUCCUCCACGAGAAGGGAGUCCUUUGCUACUGUAUUUGUCGGUUUCAGAUAGUGCAUUUGGAUGUGUACUGGGUCAACAUGAUGAGACAGGGAAGAAGGAAAGGGCUAUCUACUACAUCAGCAAGAAAUUUACUCCGUACGAGUCUCGCUACACUUUGCUAGAGAGAACAUGCUGUGCUCUGACGUGGCUUGCCCAGAAGCUGAGACACUUUUUGUCAUCGUAUACUACAUAUCUUGUCUCCAGAAUGGAUCCAUUGAAGUAUAUUUUCCAGAAAGCGAUGCCGACCGGGAAGUUAGCUAAAUGGCAAAUGCUGUUGAGUGAGUUUGACAUCGUGUAUGUGACUCAGAAAGCAAUAAAGGCACAAGCUUUGGCUGAUCAUCCUGCGGAAAAUCCCGUUGACGAAGAGUAUGAACCUCUCAAGACAUAUUUUCAUGAUGAAGAAGUGUCAUUUGUGGGUGAAGAUAUCUCUGAAGCUUAUCCAGGUUGGAGAUUAUUCUUUGAUGGAGCGGCGAAUCACCAGGGUAAAGGUGUUGGAGCAGUCUUGGUAUCAGAAUCUGGUCAACACUAUCCUAUGGCAGCCAAACUGCGAUUCAACUGCACAAACAACAUGGCUGAGUACGAAGCUUGCAUUCUCGGCUUGAAAAUGGCCGUUGACAUGAACGUUUACGAGUUACUGGUUAUUGGAGAUUCAGACCUCUUAAUUCAUCAGGUUCAAAGAGAAUGGGCUGUGAAGAACCCGAAGAUUGUACCUUACAAGUACUUGGAGUCUGGAGCAUAUCCAGAAGACACUACAUCUAAUCAGAAGAAGUCGAUACGUCGUAUGGCCCUCAAUUUCUUUCUGAAUGGAGAAGUCCUGUAUAGGAGAACUCCAGAUCUGGGUCUUUUAAGAUGUGUAGACGCUUCUGAAGCUGUGAGACUUAUUGAACAGAUGCAUGCUGGAGUUUGUGGUACACACAUGAACGGGCUUACUUUAGCAAGAAAGAUUAUUCACCGAAGGUCAACCGCUUAUCGCCCUCAAAUGAACGGAGCCGUAGAGGCCGCCAACAAGAACAUCAAAAAGAUUCUGAGGAAAAUGAUUGAGAAGCAGCGAGGUUGGCAUGAAAUGUUGCCAUAUGCUCUACUAGGUUAUCGAACAACCGUCAGAACAUCGACUGGGGCUACUCCAUACUUGCUAGUAUAUGGAACCGAAGCAGUCGUACCUAUUGAAGUCGAGAUACCGUCACAAAGGAUCAUCCAAGAAGCUGAGUUAAGCAACGCUGAGUGGGUUAGCAAACGGAUUGAUCAACUAGCUUUGAUUGAUGAGAAGAGAAUGAUCGCUGUUUGCCAUGGCCAGUUGUACAGACAGAGAAUGACUCGCACUUUUCACAAAAGAGUUUAUAGCUUUGCUUCGAAAUCGACCGAAUUCUUCCGACGGAUGAAUACGGAGAAGGAGAAAACUAUCUCCAAAGCCAGUGAUUUUAUUGAAAGCAAGAAGCAUUUCAUAUCGUUUAUGCCAAGAUGCUUGUGA